GCGUCCGUUCGUUCGAGCGGCUUCGGGUAUCGCGCCGCCGGCCCCCCGAUUCCUCGGCGUCUCGCGCCACCUGGAGCGCGCGCGGCGCCGCGACGCCUCGAGCCGUGGUGGUGGUGGUGGUGGCACACGACGAUCGAGCAGCGAUCCGUGGUGAUCGGGCGCGCUCGAAUGCAGGCCCUCUCUGUUUAUGAGAGGCGUCCCGACGCGACCGGCUGACGUCGGCCGGCGGCAAUUUCGACCGCGGAUCGGCUUGGUACGCGCGCGGAAGCGCUGCUGCGCCCGCAGGAGGCGGAGGAAAAAAUCACGACGACGGGGGCGACGGGCCACGACCGUCUGUGUUCCACUCGAUUACGAUUUGCCGCGCGCGGAUAAAAUAUACAACUCGUUACUCGCGCGAGUCGUUCGUUCUCGGGGAAUUCUGCUAUUGUUCCGCUUCGUUUCGCUUCGAAGCCCGUUUGACAAGCUCGUCGCGUCGUUGGGAGUAUGUGAUCCUAGAUCCUUCGAGGGGGAUCCCGAUAGUGGUGGAGUCUUUGGUGUGAAUCUGAAGGGAAGGGAGAGGAGGUGAUUUUUCGAGACGAUGGAUCUUUGGAUGCGAGAAUUGUCAAGGGGAUCUAGGUGAAGAGGACGAUUUGGCCAGUGGGUGAAAGUGACUUUCCACGGCGAUUGAUACCAUCCCUCGAAGAGACCAGGGGGAGCGAGACCGCGGGUCUUUCGAGACCCUCGUUAAGCCUAUCCCCGAACGACCGAGUUGGAAAUAGUUGGAAAGGAUGUACCUCUCGUUGCUGAAACAAUCCCCCGUGGAACUUUAUUGUUGAUUAUUCAGACGAAUUUAUCGCGACUCGUUGUUGUUGAUCCCCCGCGCCUGUUAAACUUGUUGAUCCUCGCGAGUGUGCGCCGCCAUCGAACGCGUCUCCUCGUGGAAUUCGCCGUGGAAACUGAAAACACUGUACGUUGAACGAGUCGCUUGCUGUGUUAUGAAAACGGAUACGGACGAACGUGAUCGAAGAAGAGGAAGAAUAGGGUUUUGUUUGCUCGUUCGGUUGUAAAAGGGGCGGAGGGGAGGGGUUGUUUCUUCGUUUCUCUUCGGGAGGGGAAAGAAUUUGUAUGGAAUUGAAAAGAAGUGAGUCUGACGUGAUCGUAUCAUCGUGUAUGAAAACCAGUUGCAAAGUUUCUUCGAUAAUGUUCUUUUCUUAAAUAAAAAUUCAAAGUGGGUAAAGAGAAAUAUAUAGUAAAUGAAACGGAGUUUUUGCGAUCGGAUCAGUAUUAAGAAUCUUCCCCGUGCGAUAAGAAGAAGGAAGGAGAGAAAGAAAGAAAGAAGGAAGGAGGAUGAGAUAUACAAAUGGAGACACGAGCGAUUUAACUUGAUUAAAAAUUGUAAGGAUCGUUAACACCCCGCUUUUAACACCGAAUGUGCUUGGAAAUUACGAAGAAGAUUAAGAAAUUCCCCAAAGUUCCCCUUUGGAACUUGUCCCCAAGGAAUCGCUCUUGGUCCGCGACAGAAUCUCCCGGAGAAAUUUCGAAAAGUGCCGCGAGAUUUUCGAAAUCGAGAUCGAGGCAGCGAUCAAGAAGGAUCGUUUCGCGGAAAGUUGUGUAAUUGCAGGGAGUGGAUGACGAGUCUCGGCCAAACACGAGCAAACAAGUCUCCUCGAGGAGGUUCUCCCUUGGAGGGAAACUGGAAAGCUUGGUGAAUUGUUGGAGCGGAAGCUGAGCCGAGGGAGCGUCGAAUCGAGCAUCGAGUCGAAGGUGGAGACGGGAUCGGAUCGGGAGAAGGGAGAGGAAGGGAGAGAAAGAAAUUCGAAACGGCUGCUCGACGAAAGUGGGUGUGGUGUGGUGGAUCGAAGGAUCGAUCUCGUUGGGAAAUCGAUCCGGACAACUCUGCCAGAUGACUUUAAGGAGGGUCCACGAGGACUCGGCUGACACGUCGUCGAUAUUCGAGUACGAGGACGUGAUAAAGUUAUAAUAACAGGAGGGAGCCUUAAGUUUGAAAAAUCGUUGUGAGAGAGAAAUAUAUCUAGUUAGUACCCGCUCCUAUUUCCCUUAAAAAAGAAAGAGAAAUAAAAAAGAGAGAGAUAUAUAUAUAUAUAUAUUCAUAUACCUAGAUAUAUAUGUAUACAUAAAUGAUAUAUUGAUGUUAAUCGAAGUUUAUUGAUCGAUCGUUUUUCUUUUCACUCCUGUUCUGUUGAAAGAUAAAACCGAUUUGGCGACGAUUCCUAGGGGUGGGGUGGGGGUGACACGGAAAAUUGGCGAGGAAACACGAGGGGAAAAAUGGCGAUGGUAAUAUCGCCCCGUAGCAAGAUCGUGACAUUGUCGUUGUUGAUCGGUAUUAUCACGGUGGUGGCGUUCAUAGUGACUGUGAUCGGGAUAUGGCACAAGAGCGAGAAACCUGGCAAGACUGGGACGAAGGUGGUCAGCAGCAAGCUUCAACAGAUCACCGGAUACACUGCCACCAAACACUUCGACCAAGAUGUGGAUCUCGGCUCAGGUGAAAUCGAUAACGAGGUGAUCGAUAAUGGUUCAGGAUUUGAUAUUAAUUUGACAGACAUCGGAGAAGAGGAUGACGAAGACAGAAGCGAGGAAAGCAAUCCACCGCCAUUCAUCACACCCCCUCCUCCCAACCCGGACUACAAGGGACCGAAAGGUGAGAAAGGUGAUAAAGGCGACAAGGGUGAGAGCGUUAGAGGACCUCCAGGUCCUCCUGGUCCACCUGGUCAAGAUGAGGGUCCGCCAGGGAAGAAAGGAGAACCCGGCACGUGCACCUGCAAUGCAACAGCCCUGAUGGCAUCCUUUACGAUGCCAAAGAUGAUCCAGGGACCGAAAGGAGAACAAGGGGUGCCGGGGCAAGAAGGAAAACAAGGCCAAAUGGGGCUGACGGGUGUUGCUGGGCCGCCAGGAGAGAGAGGGCUAGAAGGGCCACAGGGAUCCAAGGGAGAUAAAGGUGACGUGGGGAUACCGGGACCGGAAGGUCCUCAAGGGCAAAAAGGAGAGCCUGGCCGCGAUGGAAUACCAGGAGAAAAGGGCGCUCAAGGACCUCCAGGCCCCCCAGGAAAGGGAGAAUUCUCCGGAUACGAUCCCAGUUGGAAACCCCGGGGCAUUUAUAGGACGGAAGGCAUCACGAUGAGGCCAGGACUGCCAGGACAGAAAGGCGAGGCAGGCCUUCCGGGAAGUCCAGGACCAAAAGGAGAGACAGGAAUCGCUGGUGCCAAAGGUAACAAAGGCGAGCCAGGCCACAAAGGCGCGAAAGGGGAUCACGGGAACGAGGGUGCUCGAGGAAUUCAAGGAUCGAAGGGUGAACCUGGUGCACCGGGAGCGCCGGGUCUCCCUGGUGCGCCAGGUGAGAAUGGAAGGCCAGCCGAAAAGGGUGAUAAAGGAGACACAGGACCAGAAGGGAAGCCAGGCCCCCCGGGAGCGCCUGGACCGCCAGGAUUGCCUGGAUUAAGCGGUCCUGGAGGAGUAAACGUUGGAGAAUCGAUGUUAAGGGAAAAAGGCGACAAAGGAGAGGGUGGUGCGCGUGGUUACAAAGGAGACAAGGGCACCAAAGGCGAGAAGGGAGAUAAAGGUGAUUCUGGACCAGCCGGAAUUCCCGGUGUAAAUGGUAUUCAAGGACCGCAAGGGAACAAAGGCGAGCCAGGCAAGGAUGGAGUUGCCGGUGUUCAGGGAAUCGCGGGUGCAAAAGGUGAAAAAGGUGAGAGAGGUCCGCCAGGAGCCACCGCUAUAGCGAGUUCCGGAGACUACAUCACGAUCAAGGGUGAAAAGGGCGCGGAGGGGAAGAGGGGGAGGAGAGGACGUCCUGGACCACCGGGACCCGUCGGCCCACCUGGAAAGCCGGGAGCGAUGGGAGAAAUUGGGUUGCCUGGAUGGGUGGGUCGUCCUGGAACUCCCGGACUUCCUGGACCUGUUGGACCAGCGGGGCCCAAGGGAGAAAAAGGAGAACCGGGCACACCGAGCCCUUAUGGAGUCUCUGUCGGCGUAAAGGGUGAUAAAGGAGACGAUGGUUUCCCUGGAAUUCCAGGACAACCAGGAAGGGAAGGUCAAAGAGGGCCGCCAGGACCUCCAGGACCACCUGGACCACCAUCUCAAGGAAACUAUAUUCCAGUCCCGGGACCUCCAGGACCUCCUGGGCCACCAGGUCCGCCCGGAUUAUCUUUAAUUGGACAGAAAGGAGAGCCAGGAAUCGGCAGAAGUCAUAUCUUUGGUGAAAGAGAUUAUUAUGGAGUUAGACAAGUUCAAAGUGUUAAAAAAAAACACAUUCCAUAUCCUACGCUGCAAGGACCAAGAACUAGUCUAGAUGAACUGAAAGCACUGCGGGAAUUAAAACAGUUGAAGGAACUAAAAGAACAUUUAGGUGCUGGAACAACCGCAACCAGAGGUCCUCUCGAAAGCACAACGAAGAUUGUACCAGGAGCAGUAACUUUUCAAAAUACCGAAGCUAUGACGAAAAUGUCUGCCGUGAGUCCAGUUGGAACAUUAGCUUACAUUAUAGACGAACAAGCAUUACUCGUUAGAGUGAACAAUGGCUGGCAAUACAUUGCAUUGGGCUCACUUUUACCAAUAACUACACCAGCACCACCAACUACAUCACCACCCCCAGUGAAUCCACCUUUUGAGGCUUCUAAUCUGAUCAAUCAAAUACCCGUAAAAGCAGAUGGAACAGGAUGGUAUCCACGAAUGUUACGAAUGGCUGCUUUGAACGAACCCUUUACCGGGGACAUGCACGGUGUACGAGGAGCUGACUACGCUUGUUAUCGACAAGCGAAGCGAGCUGGUUUGAGGGGUACAUUCCGCGCAUUCCUCAGCUCUAGAGUUCAAAAUGUUGACAGCAUCGUGAGGCUCGGAGAUCGAGAUUUGCCUAUCGUUAACAUAAAAGGGGACGUUCUCUUCAACUCGUGGAAGGAAAUGUUCAACGGAAACGGGGCCUAUUUCUCACAAAACCCAAGAAUCUACAGUUUCAAUGGGAAAAAUAUCCUCACUGAUUUUGCAUGGCCAGAAAAAGUGGCAUGGCAUGGAUCACAUAAAUUAGGAGACCGAGCAAUGGACACGUAUUGUGAUGCUUGGCAUUCAAGUAGUUCAGAUCGUUACGGAUUAGGAUCACCGUUAACAGGAGGACGCCUCUUGGAACAAGUUCGUUAUUCUUGCGACAACAAGUUCGCACUACUCUGUAUAGAAGUAACCAGCGAGACCACAAGGAGGAGGAGAAACGUCGAAAUUGCGGAGGACGAGGAUGAGAUGUCGGAAAACGAUUACAAGGAAUACUUGGAUUCUCUGAUGGAAGACUAACCUUUAUAUCAUUUCCUUCCUAAUCUUUUUAUUCCUUUCUUUCUCUCUUCUUCUUCUUCUUUUUCUUCUUUCUUCUUUCUCUAUCUUUUAACAUAAACUAUUUGAUAACAGCAUCAUUGUAUAAAUAGAAAUUGAGAUGAGUAAAUCAUAUAUUGUUCCUGUUUGAUUAACUACUAGCGAAAAACAAUGGAAAAAAAAAGAAAGAAACAUAAAACAAGCAUUCAAACAUAGUUUAUCAACUAAAUGCAAUGUAACAUACCAUCUCAUUUCUAAUCAUAAAAUUUACUUGUAAUUCACAAGAUUAUAUCUUUAACGAGUCAUUAACCAACGCUUUAAACGAAUUUCCGUUCUCUCUUUAAGAAAUAAGACUGAUCGUUUAGGCAUCGUUAAUCAGUGUUUCAUAUUAAUUACUUCGCCUAUACUCUUAAUCCGUCAUCAUUAUCAAGUGUCAAAUAAAAACUCGACGCUAUUAGGAGUUCUCUACAUCACAAUAAACGUCCAGUACUUAUAUCAUUGCUACAGAGAGGAGAUUCUUCGAAGCGUGAUCAAGAUGUUCACCCGAGUCACAAUUUACAGUUAAGGUAUUAAAAGAAAAAAACGAAGCAAAAAGAAAGAAGAUAAACUAAUGAUUAUCUUACGACCUAAUAAAAAUGUCGGAGUUCAUACCCGCAAUCGAAUUGCAUUUACACUUUAGCCAAUACAUAUGAGUGUGUAUGUUAGAUGUAAGAAACAAGUUGAUAAAAGAAAAAAAGGAUUCCGUAAAAGAUUAUUGAGUUUUUUGCAUUUGGAAUCCGGAUUUAUGCUCUGUGUAUAAUUUGUGGCGGACACGUUUGAUGCGAUAGUAUUAUAUACAUAAUUGCAUGAAUGUAUAAAGCUGCAAAUCCAUAGACGUAAUAUAUGUAUAUGCAGCAAAAGAAUUAUUUAGAAAUUGAAUUGUGAAUAAUUAUGAAUUAUGCUUCGAAAAUUAUUCGGCAUAUAUGUAGCAAUAUUUUAUAACUUACGUAUAGUUCUUGUUCAAAAAGAAACACGUUACCACUCAUAAGCUAUCGCUGUCUUAAUCGUCGUUGGCCUCUGCUUUUACAUCGAGCAUAAAUCGAGUCUAAGUCAGUGUCUAUAAUUCGAAGAUACGAUAUAUUACUAAUAUUAAACUAAUUUAUUACGAUUAGAUAGAGAAAACGUCGGUCUAUACCUUUAGGUUGUCAGCAUGCUUGUUGGCGAAUGAAUUUCAUAUUGGAAAAUAAAGAAAGAAAAUUUCCUCGAUGCCGUAAUGUAGAUCUUGACGUACCGAUAUAAAACCAAUUAUAUUUCGAUAUAGUUUGCACCGACGACCGUUUUAGUUCGAAAUUUUGUAUUAUUUGUACACUUUAUUAUUGUCUUUCUAAAUAAAAAACGGAAAGUACAUUUAA